AUCUGCGUAUAGAUAGCGCUUUGAUCAAUGACUUAGAACACGAGAGCAAAAAUUGGCGGGGAUCAUGUUUGUUGUUCUUCAAAACAUGAAACUUUAGUUUGAGUGAAACACGUUUUUCAGAAUUCAGUGUUGUAUUAACGUUGAACAGUAAUAAUUUUACCUUUAUAAAUUAUUACGGUCUAUCUUCUUAGCUGUUGUUAAAAUGGCACGGUGUGUGAAUGCAAUGGAAGGAUUAACCCUGAGCGAUUUAACAGGGAAGGACGGACUUGUAUUCGAAGUCGGUGAAUAUCUGCAACCCGAAGAAGAAGACUUUUCUUACUCGUCGACGGUUCCAUUAUCUAACGAGGAGGUUUUAAAUUUAUUAAAUAUGAACGAUUUUCAAGACAAUGAUGACGACGAUGAAGCUGAUAAUUCUGCUUCUCUUUUUGGUAUAAGCUUUGAUGAAUUAAAAACUAAAAUGACGGAUAUUUGUGGAAAUGGCAAGAUUAUGAAAUUUGAAAAGCAGAAGGGUGUUGGAGAAAUUAUUCCUUUUGAUGCUCAAGUUACUAUAAAAUAUUUAGGACAUUUUGAGUACAAUGAUGAGCCAUUCGAUUCAAGUUUCACUCGGGGAGGAGCAGAAACAUACCGUCUUAAUCAGGGUUCAUUACUACCUGGUUUGGAGAUUGCUAUAUCAACUAUGAAAAAGCAUGAAAUAGCAAUAUUCAUUGUGCAUCCUGAUUUAGCAUAUGGAAGACUUGGUUGCCUUCCUCGUAUUCCUCCAAAUGCUGAGAUUUUAUUCAUUGUUCACCUCAUUGAUUUUGUGGAUAAUGGAUCUGUAGAGACACUUGAUAAUCUUUCCAUAGAGGAGAAAAGAAUAUUUGCAAAUGUUGUUACACGGGCACGUGCUAAAUUUAAUACUGCUAAAGAUUGUUUUCAUAAAAAAAAGUUUAAGCAAGCAAUACGAGAGUAUGCAAAAGCAAUUAAUUGGUUGGAAAGAGCAGAAUUAAAAAAUGAUGAAGAAGAAGGAGAAUUUAACAAAUGGAUUUCAAGGGGCUACAGCAAUCUUGCAGUUUGUUACAAUAUGGAGAAUAUGCCUCGUCGUGCUUGUAUCGCGUGCAAUAGAGUACCUAUACCAUCAGCAAAAACUCAUUUCAAUCAUGGUAGAGCUUUAUUUAAAAUGGGAGAGUAUAACAGAGCAAUGGAACAAUUACAAUUGGCCCUUACAAUGGAACCUAAUAAUGAAGUGACUAUUAAGGAAAUUAGAUUGGUAAACGAGAAUCAACGAAAAUACACGGACAUAGAGAAACAACUAUGGUCAAAGUGUUUGAAAACUCAGCAGAAAGAGAAAAAACAAACAACGUUUGAGGAAGCUGCGCGUAAGAUGUGCGAAACUUUCUCAAAAGACAGUCAAUUAUUAAGGCAACCACUUCCGGAAUCGUUAACACCGGAAGAAGAUAAAUGCAUACGAGAACAGGCUGCUGCGUUUGGUCUUUUAAUUACCACACAUCAAAGAUACGGAAGAGAAAUUACAUUUCUCAAUAAAUCUAGCUACUAAGGUCGUUAUGUCCACUUGUAAAUUUAGUAUCUUUUAUAAGAUAUGAAAGUGUAUUACUCGUGAUU